AUGCAGACCAAACACUUCUUCUCCGACCCAAACCACCUGGUCGUCACGGCCUUGAACUCACUAACUCUCACAAACCCGUCGCUGGCCCUCGACAAGCAAAAUAAAAUUGUCUUCCGUCGCCCAGAUGCUCCCCGUAGAGCAAACAAGGUCUCCAUCGUGACCGGCGGCGGCUCCGGCCACGAACCCGCCUUUGCGGGCUUCGUCGGCCACGGCCUAUGUGAUGCCUCUGUCGCUGGUACCAUCUUUGCUUCCCCAUCCGCUGAACAGAUCCGUCGCGCAGCGAUCGAUCGUGUCCCCACCGAAAAUGGUGUCUUCAUCAUCCCAAUGAACUAUACCGGUGAUGUGCUCAACUUCGGCAUGGCGGCGGAGAAGUCCCGUGCCGCUGGGAUCCGCACCGAGUUCUUUGCUAUCAAUGACGAUGUCGGCGUUGGCCGUGUGAAGGGUGGCAAGGUCGGUCGUCGUGGUAUUGGUGGCGGUGUCUUGAUUUUGAAGAUGGUUGGUGCGCUGGCUGAAGCUGGUGGCUCACUAGAGGAUGUCUACGCUUUGGCUCAGCUGGCUAACAAGAACCUCGUCUCCCUCGGCUCAUCGCUGGAACAUGUUCAUGUUCCUGGCCGCGGCGUGCCGGAGGACUCAAUCCCUCAUGGCGAAGUCGAAGUCGGCAUGGGUAUCCACAACGAGCCAGGUUCCCACCGUACUAAAUUCAACCUGGUCGGCUUGGUUCAGGGUAUGCUUCUCCAGCUCCUCGAUCACAACGACCCCGACCGCUGCUAUGUGACCCGUAAGCCGGACGCUAAGUUCGUCCUACUGAUCAACAACCUUGGUGGUGUGAGCCCGCUCGAGCUGGCCGGUAUCACCGAUGAAGUAUACCGCCAACUGCAGCAAGACUACGAAGUCAACAUGGUGCGCGUGAUCCAGGGCACAUUCCUAACGAGUCUGAACGGACUCGGCUUCAGUAUCUCGCUGAUGAAACUGGUCGACCCUGGUCUCGGCGCCGGCAAGUCCAUGCUCGAGCUCCUCGACGCCCCAGCCGAAGCAGUCGGCUGGUCUGCCCCGAUCAACACCUCAACCUGGGACAACCGAAGCGAUGACCCCGUAGAGCUGAAGGACUCGAACUUUGCAGAGGACAUCCACAGCAACCUCCAACUCGACCCCCAAACCGUCAAGAAAGUCCUCGGUGCCGGCCUCGACCGCGUCAUCCGCGCAGAGCCUGAAGUCACCCGCUACGACACAAUCGUCGGCGACGGCGACUGCGGCAUCGGUCUCAAGCGCGGUGCCGAAGCAAUCCUCACCCUCCUAAACGACACCUCAGCCCCCCUAACCUCCGACCUCCUCCUAACACUCGCCCGCAUCGUCACAGUCGUCGAAAACGUCAUGGACGGCACAUCCGGCGCCAUCUACGCCAUCUUCCUGAACGCGCUUGCCCACGGUCUCCGCGAACAAGACACUUCAUCCCCCACGCCUGUGACACCAGAAAUCUGGGCCGCGGCAUUGCGCUCAUCCAUCGAUGCCCUUGGCAAGUACACGCCUGCCAAGAAGGGUGAUCGCACUCUCGUCGAUGCGCUGGCGCCGUUCAUUGAGACUUUGUCGGAGACUGGUGAGGUGCGGGUUGCUGCUGCUGCUGCGCAGCAGGGUACUGAGUCUACGAAGGCGAUGAAGGCUAGUUUGGGGAGGAGUGUUUAUGUUGGUGGGGAGGCGAGUUGGGUUGGUAAGGUGCCUGAUCCUGGUGCUCAUGGGCUUUCGGAGUUCUUGACUGGGCUUGCGGAGGCUGUUUAA